CCAUGGCCAGCACCCCAUGCUCGCCGCUGCGACGCAUGCGGCGCCUCAUGGACUCGCUGCCCGAGGAGCCCCCGCCGUGCCGGCGUGAACUGGCCAGUCGGCCCCUGUGGCGGCGCGUGUUUGUCGAGCUGCUGGGCAGCCUGCUCUUCACGGUGUUCACGGUGCCUCUGCAGCCGCGAAGGCAGCAGGCUGCCGACAGCGGGCCCCUGCAGUGCAGCGUGGCGAUGGGUGCGAGCGCGGCAGCGCUCGCUCACUGCUUCGCAGGUGACCUCAACCCGGCGGUGACGCUGUCGCGACUCGUCGGACGUCGUCUGAGCGUGGUGCGCGCCCUGCUCUGCGUGGCCGCACAGUGUUCGGGAGCGUGCCUGGGCGCUGCCGCCCUGUACGGACUGGCACCCCGCGACCAGCGGCCCGCGCAGCAGCCGCCCCAGCAGCUGGCGCAGGGCCUGCACGCCAGCCAGGCCUUCGGGGUCGAGUUCUUGGGCACCGUGCUCGUGGCACUGAGUGCUCUGGCCGCGGACCGCGCUGCCUCGGGUCCCCUGGGAGUCGCGUACGCGGCCGCUGCGCUGUUCGCGUACCGCUUCACGGGCGCCGGACUAAACCCGGCGCGCUCACUGGGGCCAGCGCUCAUCACUAACACGUGGAGUCACCACUGGGUCUACUGGGCGGGACCGAUGUUGGGCGGCUUGAUGGCAGGCUUCACCCACGAGUACACGCGGGGAGCCAGGCCGGGCCUGGAGUCGGCGCAGAGCCUGCGAGCCUCGCCGCCCGCGGGCCAGACGGCCAGGAACCACCACGUCAAGCGCGACAUCAGCGGCCUCAGCAACGACACUGAGCUCACGCUCACGUCCAACAACGACUGUCGCGUCUGA